GUUCAAGUAACGUUUUGUUACCACAUACGUACACAAAAAAUGUCGCGCCUUACGAUCCUCUUUGUCGUCAUCUCAGCCUAUGAAGUACUCGGUAAAGAUGUAAUAAAAGCAGAUCGUAGCGCAGACUCCAAGGCCGAACAGUCGGGCUAUGCCCCUUUGAUUUUACCUCCUCCAAUCGGAGGUCCCCUACCCCUCGACCACGGUGCUGGUAUUGGCAGCGGUGCCGCCAUCAACAGUGCAGGAGCAGCCGGUGCAGCUCAACUCAGUGCUAUCCAGAACGCUCAAGCAGCACAAGCCGCUCAGAUCGGGAACGCCGCUGCCGCCGGUAUCCAGAACGCCCGCGCUGCAGAAAGUGCUGCGAGAGCAGGACAAGCCAACGCUAUUCAAAAUGCUCAAGCACUCGACGCCGCUCGUAUCGCAAACAUACAAAGAGCUCAACAAGCGGCUUAUGAAAACGCAAGAGCUGCUGAUGCAGCAAGACGAGCCGCUGCAGCGAGCUCGUUGGAACUCUCCCGUGCUGUAGAAGCAGAACGUGUUGCCAACGCAGCCCGAGUCCAAGCUGUUGCGAUCGCCAACGCCCGAGCUAUCGAAGCGGCUCGUAUCGCAAAUGCGGCGAGAGCUCAAGCAGCCUCGGUAGCUGCAAGCGCUGCCCAAGCGCAAGCUGUAGCAGACUCUGUGGCAAGACAAGUUCAUGAUGAUGGCUGGGAAGGAUCUCCCGUUAUUUCAGCUGGUCCGGUCUAUGCUGCCAUCCCAAGCUAUGGAUAUGCUGUCCAAGGCUAUGGUGGCUAUGGAGGCCAUGGUUAUGGUCCCAGAUACUACCACUAAUCUAUAUAAGAUUUAGUGACAAGUCACGCCUCAGUAUCAAGACUAACAUAACAGAAUCUUCCUUUACAUGUUCCAAAGAAAUUUCUAUCAGCAGAUCGUAUGAUAGGAGUGUAAAUAGUAAUUGAAUAAAAAUUUUGAAUGACC